AUGGCAGGAAGCAAGGAAAAGAAGGGCAAAUCCGGCGCGGCCAAGAACUACAUCACGCGCACCCAGGCCGUCCGCAAGCUGCAGAUCUCGCUGCCCGACUUCCGCCGCCUAUGCAUCUUCAAGGGCAUCUACCCUCGCGAGCCGCGCAACAAGAAGAAGGCGAACAAGAGCGCCACCCACUCCACCACAUUCUACUACACCAGAGAUAUUCAAUACCUUCUCCAUGAGCCACUGCUCAACAAGUUCCGCGAUCACAAGGCCUUGGCCAAGAAGAUCAGCCGCGCUCUCGGCCGUGGCGAGGUGGGCGAUGCCUCUCGUUUGGAGAAGAACCUGACACCGCGCAUGACCCUGGACCAUAUCAUCAAGGAGCGCUACCCCACCUUCGUUGAUGCUCUGCGCGACCUGGACGACUGCCUGUCCAUGCUGUUUCUCUUCGCCAACCUGCCGUCCACCGCCGCUGUUCCCGCCAAGACCAUCGCUCUCUGCAAGCGCCUGACGCUCGAGUUCGAGCACUACCUCAUCGUCUCGCAUUCGCUCCGCAAGUCUUUCCUUUCCAUCAAGGGCAUCUACUACCAAGCCACCAUCCAGGGCCAGGACAUCCUGUGGCUUGUCCCCUACAAAUUCGUCCAGCGCGUCACCAACGACGUUGAUUUCCGCAUCAUGGGCACCUUCGUCGAGUUCUAUACCACGCUUCUUGGCUUCGUCAACUUCCGCCUGUACAACUCCGUCGGCCUCAUCUACCCGCCCAAGUUCAGCAAGGAGAGUGAUGACCAAGGUGGAGAGCUGGGAGCCUUCACCCUUCAGGGUAAGGGCAUUGGAGAGCAGCCCGCCAUUGAGGCUGCGCCCGCUGCCAAUGGCGACGCGAAGGUGUCCGAGGCUGCUCAGGCGGCUGCUGACAAGGUCGCGAAGCUUGCCGAGCCCGACGCGGAGAUGCAGGAUGCCGACGAGGCCGCUGAGGCGGACAAGCCCAAUGACGCCAUCGACAAGUUCGAAGCCACCGGCGAGGACGCUGACGAGCUCCCCCAGCCUCAGGCCAGCAGCAGCGAGGCUGCGGCACUGUUCGAGAAGUUCACCUUCUACCUUUCCCGUGAGACCCCGCGGGAACCUCUGGAGUUCAUCCUGAAGGCCUUCGGCUGCAAGCGCGUCGGCUGGGACGCCGUUCUCGGUGACGGCGCCUUCACCACCAACGAGUCCGAUCCCGCCAUUACCCACCAGAUCGUCGACCGCCCGAACAUCCCCGUUCCCACCCUUCCCGAGUCCGAACAGAACGGCGAGGCGAACGGCGCACAAAGGCUGAAGCCCGGCACUCGCGUCCCCGGUCGCACCUACGUCCAGCCGCAGUGGGUUUGGGACUGCGCUAACCAGGGCAAGCUCCUGAGGCCCGACCUCUACGCUCCCGGCGCAACGCUCCCGCCCCACCUGAGCCCGUGGGUCAAGCCCAAGAAGGGCGAGUACGAUCCCACAAAGUCCCUGGAGGAGCAGGAACGCGAGGGCGAGGCCGAAGAGGCCGAGGAGGAGGACGAGUCCGAAGCCGAGGCGGCAGCACCCAAGAAGAAGAGCGUCAAGGAGAGCAAGCUCCUCGACCUGCCCGACGAGGUCGAGGCUGGCGAGGGCAUGGACGUCGCCGGCUCCGAGGACGAGUCCGACGAGGAAGAAGACGAAGAGGAGGAGGAGGAUGACGAGGCUGCGGAAGAACUCGACUCCGACGUCGAUGAGGAACAAGCCGCCCGCAUCCAGCACCAGCGCGAACUCGAAGCCGAGGCCAAGGGCAAGCCGUACGCCGCCGACGCAGACAAGAAGAAGAAGGGCGAUGCGAGGAAACGCAAGGCGAAGAAGGACAAGGCUGAGGAAGAAGAGCUGGACCGCCAGAAGAUGAUGAUGUCGCGGAGCAAGAGGAAGCUGCUCGAGAAGAUGACGUACAGCAACAAGAAGAAGGACGAGCAGGCUGAGAAGCUGCGGUCGAAGAGGAGGAGGAUUGAGAAGGGUAAGGCGUAG